ACCCUCAAGACUCACACACUCACCAUGCUGCCAACCGAGACGCACACAGGGAAACUCCACACACUUCUCCUCUAGCACACCCGCUUUAGAGUCUAUGUGGGUCCUUAAAAAGUUAUAAAAGGCUUUUUUCACCUCGAAAGUCGUAAGGUGGCAUCAGUUCAGUUUUGUCUGAAAGUGAAACUUCGAGCGCGUUUUUUUUGCGCUUUUUUUUUGUUCUGGAGGAUUUUAGUGCAAGUGAAGGGUCGAUGGAGUCCUCUCUUGAGUUGUCCAACUCCAUGAGCAGCGUGUCCUCUCUGCUGAACCGGUCUCGGACCUUUAAAGUUCUUGUGAUAGGGGACUCCGGAGUGGGGAAGACCUGCCUCACACACCGACUCUGCGCCGGACAGUUCCCCAGCAGAGUGGAGGCCACCAUCGGGGUGGACUUCCGCGAGAAAGUGAUGGAGAUCGAUGGAGAGAAAAUAAAGGUAAAUCAAGGUUAUCGGCCGCAGUUUGGCAUCACUUUCUGCACUUUAAAUACCGACAAAUCUUAAAAGCCUUGUUGUGAAGGAAUCGACCGCACGGGCACUUUUACGCGCAGCGCAGAUCCGGUUCUUUUGUUUUUACGUCCUGAACAAACGCUGCCAAUGCAGGCCGUGUAGCGUUGGCUCUUUUUUGGUAACAUAUUAAUCAAGUCUUUUCCCAUCAAGCUGAUCUCUGUGCAGUGGCCCACUGAGUUACUCGCUGUCUGAAGAAAACAAAAACCCCCUGAAGCAGGUGUGAGGCCCAGCAUGAUCGAUUCAAUCAGGUGACGGAGGUGUCCAGACUCUCUUAAUGUGACUUUAUCUCAUUUUUAACAGCUCGCUGCAUUGUUCGGCUCCACAUGUUCCCAGAGGCUCUUUGGAAAGAGCUCUAACCUUGCAGCGUGGCUCUGCUCAAUGACUUUUUUGUCCCGCAGUCAAUAACUGUGAAUUCUCUGGAUUUCAGUCAAUCAGCAGACCUGCCAGAGUUUGCAGAACCAAAGCACAGCUAAUGCUGCCCAUAAAUCACUCUGAACAUUGAGUGCAUGAUUAUAGUGGCAUGUUAGCUGUUGCACAAGUAAGCACAGAAACAAACUCCAAUUCAUGACAGGUUUAGUUUCAGUUGGAGCAACAGUUUGUUUUCAAUGUUGGUUCAGUCUGAAUUAGGUUUUGAUGCAGGUUUCUAAGAUGAGUUUAUUGUUAAUAACCUUUAUCUUCAGUUUAGGGUUAUUAGUUUGAGUGUGAGUUUUUCAUUGCUUUUAAAACUAAAAUUGAAACUUAAAGGGAUAUUCCGGCAAAAAAUUAAGUUAGGGUCAAACACACCGUAACACCGAGUUAGACACCCCCUCGAGAGCUGAAUGUUGCUGACCGCAGCCAACCGCAGAAGCAAUACAGAGACCCAUGCGCUCAAUCAAAAGCUACUCUAUAGCCACAAAUAAUGUUCAGAACAGCACCUAACUUCAUCAACAGUACAUAUAGGGUCCCAGCACAGUACCAGCCAUCAAACAUCUUUUUAGCUUUGCCCAAUUUCUUUAGCAAAGAGACUAAACACAACUCACCCACUCUUCUCCAGCAGCUGCUUGUUUGUACGGGGACCUCCGGGCGAGUCCAUCGACUGCUGUGGGGUUUCGCAGCUCAAGGAAGAACAUUUAUGAUCAUUUCCUCAUGGAAAUGUAAUCAGACUGAGACGCUAAGGCAGAAGAACUACCACGUCUGCAGAGCAAAAUGAUUAUUAUGAUGAUUAUUACUUCAAAGAAAUGAUAAAGUAAUGAUCAUAAAUGUUCUUCCUUGAGCUGUGUCACCCCACAGCAGUCGAUGGACUUGCUCGGAAAGAAAUUAGGCAAAGCUAAAAAGAUGUUUGAUGGCUAGUGCUGUGGCUGGGACCCUAUAUGUACUGUUGAUGAAGUUAGGCGCUGUUCUGAAUAUUCUUUGUGGCUAUAGAGUGGCGUUUUGGUUGAGCGUGUGGCUCUCUGUAUUGCUAUCUGCAGUUGUUACUCAAGUUUGUAUAACUAGAGAAGCAAGCGACCCUAACUUAAUUUUAUGCUGGAAUAUCCCUUUAACUUUUGUUUUAUUAGCUAAAAAAAAAAAGUGUUGUCGGACAGUUACCAAAUCUUAGGUCUGAGGUCUUGCCUCCUCAAUGUGUUGAAGUCCAAGUCAAAUCUGGUUCUCUGGGGGGGGAAAAAAGGAUCUGUCAGUCCUGACUGAGUCGAGUUGCUACUAUUUCAGCCCUGAGUCCUCAUUAGUAGUAAUUAUUCGCCUCUACAGACGACUGCUGUCUCUCAUUUACUGAACUUAUGCCCCUGUAUUGUGCAUAAAUGCCUAAACUGGCUGUCUCAAUGAGGAGAUAAGCUUAUUGUUAAUGCUCAUUGCUUACUUACUGAUUGGCACACACCAGUGUUUAAAUAACAAAAAGUCUUGGAGCUAAUGGUUUAGUCUGUUCAAGUUGCUAACUUUACUGUUGGCAUGCUAACAGGGAUGUAAUCAACAGUUCGAGUAACUGAAGCAUUUCACUUCUUUGGCUGCCUUCUUGACAGAUUGACAAGUUCUCCCCUCAGUCUUCUAUUAUAAUGCAGUCCUUAUCCAAAGCUUAAAGGGGAAUUUCUGUAUUUUUCAACCUGAGCCUCAUUUUCCAUGUGUCAGUGUGUGCUUUACUGAUGGGGAGAACAAUUUCUGAAGUUGGUCCGGUAAUGAGGGAGAGCAGAGCAGCAGGCACCUACGAAAUGAGCUGAACAAUUGCUUGACUGGACGGUUGCACAUCAUCAAACUGUUUCCACUACAGCUACAUCAUUUCACCACUGACAGUCUCAGAGUGUUAUUAAAGUCCAGAGAACAGGAUAGCAAUGGUUUCCCUCACCUUCCACUUGCGCCGGUAUGUGUAUAACCAAAUCUCGUUGGUGGAAUAGUGUCGUUCUGAUGUCUUUCAAGAUCUCACUUGUUGUAGGAUGUGAAUAAUAUAAUAAUCCAUCAGAGCUACCAUUCAUAUUUCAUUGUUUAUCUCUCCUGCAUGGAUUACUGCAUACGCCCAAAAGUUUUUGUGUACAUUAAUUGCAGACAAUAAUUCUUGAUUCAACUCACACCAGUGCAGGACGAAGUCAGUAAAGAGGAAAGAUGGGCCACCAAAAUCAACACAAACAAAAGUUUCUCACAGGAGCUUUGAAUUCGUUGUAAUGUGGGGUCUUUGUUUGAGGGUCAGAUCCAAAAAGGGUCUGAAAAUGUGUUCAGGUACAAAAGAUGAACAACAACAACAACUAUGCACAAAAGACAAACCAGAAAGCCUUUGAGUCAUCAUGAGCUUGUGGCGGAUGUAUGACAUAACCUGACCGAGUUGAACCCCAAGACUUUUUCUGUGUGACAUUGCUUUAGAUAGUUUGUAAAGAAACAGGGAAGUGUCAGCAGUUUUUGUAUAGCCUUUUAAAUUUUUUUAUGUUCUGGGUUUUCAUCACUCUAAGCUUUCAUUUGUUAAAAACCAGCCUGAGUGAACAUGUUCUGUAUAUUUGAUUAAUGUGGGUUGUGGGUUGUGGGUUGAAGGUGGUUUGUGUGGGUGUUUUGUGAGUGUUUUUAGACAGCCACAUGACAGGAAGUGUCUGUGUAAACAAGAAGAGGUUUGGAACUUUGUGUCAGUGAGACACAAAGAGACUGUCAGUCGGAGACGGUGGACAGUCCUGCAAAGGCUUUAAGCUUUGUUAUAUGCUAACAAUUGUGUCAUUUCAUAGGAACUUUUUAAAGAAGGGACAAGUCCUUGUCAAGAUUUAAAGGAACCCUAUUAUGACAUUUUUCAUCAAGUUUAAAUUGGUCCCAGAGGUCCCACAAUAGUACGCUCUGUGUGAACGCUGAGCUGUGUGUAACCACGCUCUUCCUCCUAUUUAUCAUGUCGGGUGGGGGGAGGUUGUCAGCUUCGAGGGGAUGCAUAUUAUUGGUAGAAAACCACCCAAAAGUGGAUUUUUCAUUAUAGGAGACCUUUUAAGGCAAGUCUUAAGUCAGUAAAUUUAAAUUCAAAGCCAUGACAAUCCUUGAAUUGGUGGAGAAGGGUCUCAGUAGAUCCAUGACUUGUGUAUUCAUAGUCAAAUCAAAUGAGUGUCAGUUCAGUAACAGGACAAGUCAUGAGUCGGUCAAGUCCAGGCUCAGUACAAACCAAGUGUCGGGUUAAUUAAUUUUAGGGUUAAACAAAGUCCCAAGCUCUAAAUAGACAUUUAUAAAAUAUAUAAUAUGCACUCUUAAGUCAGUCUCAUCAAGUUUUCAGACAAGUCAUAUGACAUUUAGGAAUGAAUCCCAUCUAAGUUUGUAGUCAGGCAAGUCAUGUCUCAAACCAGACCUCAAGUCAUUCAUAGCAAGUUUUAAGAGACAUCAGGAGUAAAUCAUGUUAAACAAAUCCCAAGUGCAUUAGUUCAGGUCUCAUGUCAGCCAUCUCUCUUGCCCAUCUGGCCAUGUCUCAAGUCAACUGAGUGUUUUCUGUUUCACUUGUUCUCAAAUUUUAAAGAUCUCUAAAGUCGGUGAUUGAAUGAGUUACCAGCUCAGCCUUUAAAAGUGAGUCUGAGUUAAAAGUGUUGUCAGCUGUGUGACGAUAAAAGGCCUUUUGUGAAUUAAAAGAAGAAAAAAAACAAUACAAACUCAAAUUGUGAAGUUUUCUUUUGAACAAGUUUUACAAAAAGACGGUAAAAACAGCCGAAGGUCACCAUCAAGACUGAGCCGAGAGGUCUGGCUUUCUAAUAAACAGAUCGACAUGUUUUUGCCUUUUCUACAUUUCCUCUCUCUGAUGACUCAUCCCACGUGUCUGUUUUUCUGUUUGGUUUGGGGGCAUUUCAACACAUGAUUUCUUUCCCUUUCUGUGGUUUUGGUCAUUUUAACUUCCUCUUUCCCGUGCUUUUGUAUCCCCCACCUUCUCCUCGUCUCUAAACUUCCACGCUCUUUUGUCCUGUCUCCAUCAGCUCCAACUGUGGGACACAGCCGGGCAGGAGCGUUUUCGCAAGUCCAUGGUGCAGCACUACUACCGAAAUGUCCAUGCAGUGCUCUUCAUAUAUGAUGUGACCCGACCUGCCAGCUUCAGUGGCCUGACCGCCUGGGUGGAGGAGUGCAGACAGAACUCCCUCGGUCAGGACAUUCCAAGGUAGCUCUCUCUCUCUCUUUGUCAGUUUGGCCAUUUCCAUUUCAGUCAAUCUACACCUCAUCCUCAGUCAUUUAUCCCUCUUUGCUGCCUGAUCUCAAAGGUUCCUGGUAGGCAACAAGAGCGACCUCCGAGACCCCCAUAGGACCGAGGGCCAGGUCAACCAGGAUCUGGCGACGGGUUUUGCCAAAGCCAACGGCAUGUUAUUUUUUGAGACCUCCGCCAAAAACCCACCGAGCAAAUGUGUGACAGUCAAACAAGGUGGUGGUGAGGUGCCAUAUCAGCAGGACAAGCUGGAGGACAUCGUUGUUGCUCUUGGCGCCAAACUGAAGAGGCAGAAGAAGAUUUCAGCAAACACCUCGCCGUACACCGGGUCCUUCAACGUGAGCAGGAAGAGAGCGGAGAAGGAGCAGUGGACCUGCUGCUGAGACAAGAAAAGAGGGAACUUUUGGUUUUUCAAAUGUAACUUUUAUCUGUGUGUGUGUGUGAGUGUGAGAGAGUGAGAGAGAGAGAGAGAGUGAGAGAGAGAGAGAGAGAGAGUGGAUAUAAUGUUCAUGAUGUUCCCUUUUAACCAAAGACCACCAAUGCAAAACUUUGACUUCUGAAAUGCAGUUUUCCCGUCUUUAUAUAUAUUUAAAAAUGUGAAAUGACUUGAUGAGAAUUUUGUGUAUAUUUUUGAUUUUAUUGUUUACAUAGCUGACAAAUAAAAAGACUGAGAAUAUGAUUUGGAGAGGGUUUGGAUCCAAAUUGAUCUUACUGCUUUUCUGCAUUUACUGGAUACUGGCUCAAUGAAAAGCAACCAUGUGGUUUAUGUGUAGGUUCUCAUUCAUCCAGGUCAUGGUAAUCCAGUUCUUCAUUGAAAGGGCACCUGGACUUGUUUGAGGUUCUUGAAGACCUUCCUCCUCUCUUCCAAAAGGCUUCUUCAGUUCUAAAGGGUUCUAAAAAUUAAAUGUCAAACCUUCUUGCCCGAUGGAGGAUUGGAGAUGUUCAACAGUUCAUGGUCUCCUAUAUAUGUUUUUUUUCUUCAUGGGGCACCAGGUGUUUUUAAUGGGUGACAUCUGAAGACAGACCAGUUCACUACUUAAACUUUUAUACCACAGAGCCAUGGCUGUAUAUAUUGUUCAGCAUUAGAGAAGCCUUCCCAGGGUACUUAUGCAUCCCCAUACCAUCGUAUCACAGCUGCUGGCUUUUGAAGAGUGCACUGAUAACAGAAGAUGAAAUACCCAUAAAAUAAUCCGAUUUUCAGUUUCAGGAUUUAAUUAAAUUUCAAACCAUCAAAUUUUUACUAGCAUUUAAUAUAGCAUCCCAACUCUUAUGACGCUGGUUUUGCAUGAGAAAACUGUCAGAUUAAGACUGUGAAAAUGUGGGAUCAUCAGAGUUUGUUUUACAGUUAAUGAUGUGAGGGACCACAGACAUGAUUGCUUUUGUAAGUUUAUUUGCCGGACACACUAAACCUUCUGAUCAAAAAAUUUACUCAGACUGUAGUUUAAGAUGUCUAUGUUUGAUAUUGUAAGAUAUAUAUUCUGGCCGGGUAUGUAACUGUACAUAGAUUCUCUAGUCUAAUAGCCACCCUGCAGCUCUGUAAUCUUGUGCUUUAUAAACAAACACACACCUGUGCUGCUCUUUUCUAGUUUUUUUUUUUUGUACUUCUGACUCAGACCAAAUAUGUAAAGAUAAACCAUGGAGAUCUGGAGUUAGUGUUUGUCGUCCAGCAUGUAACUUUUAGGAUUGUUCCACAGCUUUGAUGAGCCACAAACUCUGAGGCAUUGUUCAGGGUUUGCUGCGAUGCAAAAAUAAAACUUUGAAAAUGUAUUUAA